GUCAGGAAAAUAGCGAUUCGGGAAUUCGAACGGUUCGGGAAAAUGACGGUUUGGGAAAUGGCGCAUUUCCGCAAAAGCAUUGACCAGAGAUGGGAGUGGAGCCACCUCUUUAUUACACCGUGGUUUUAAUGUUACUUCGGAAGAUAUGGUGAUCGAAAAGCCCUGUAGAACAUGUACGGAUUUUAAGACGUGGGCCAAGAUACAAAAAGAAACCUUCGAUUCAGAGAAAAAAACAGAUCACAAGGUGAAAGUUGACCAAGGCUCUAAUUCACAAGCAGAAUCUAAUGCAAUCGUAAAUGCACGCAAAAACUGUCCUCUUGAUAAAGAUGAAUUGGGCUCAAAAACGUGGGCCUUCCUUCAUACUAUGGCUGCUUAUUACCCUGAACAACCCACUAUUGAACAGAAGACGGAUAUGAAGAAGUUUUUUAAUUUUCUAUCCAAGUUUUACCCAUGCAACACAUGUGCGGAAGAUUUGCAACUGCAAUUAGAAAAGACACCACCGCAAACUGAUUCUCAACACCAAUUGACCCAAUGGCUUUGUAACAUACAUAACGAGGUUAAUUUAAAAUUAGGCAAACCUUUAUUUGAUUGUAGCUUAGUUAAUCAGAGGUGGCGAGACGGUUGGUUAGAUGGUUCGUGCGAUUGACCAAUCGAUUCUUCCUCAGGUCAGUCUGAGGUUGCGACGUGUACAUUUUGCUUUAUUGUAAAUGCGGUUUGAAGUCUAUUCGUGCUCAUGCAAAACGCAUAGAAACAUACAGCUCACUAAUUUUUAACUUAAUCAUUGACGAUAAACAUUAUAAACUCUAUUGAUGCAUCACAUUUGAUGUUAUCAGAUGUAUCUAAUGUAAAUUAGCGCAAACUUGAAUGACUAGUAAUAUUGUUGGAUUUGUGCCACUUCAAAAUUCAGUAUUGGAAAUUGUAUUUCCAACAAAAGCCGUAUGUUAUUAUGUAUUAUUGAAUAUUAGAUUGUCCUUAAAAUCAACUAUUGGAAAAAUUGUUAUCAGCAAACUAUGUUCUGCAACGUCAUUGCAACAGUACAAGGAGAGAACCCUUAUACUGUGUCAUUGCUAUAUUGUACAUAACAUAAAUAUAUAGAUAUGUUAAUAUUUGUAUAUUGCUCUCAUCAAAUGGUGUAUAAAUAAUGUAAAAUGGGAGCAUUUUUCGUUUAUGGUAUGAAAUAAAACCGCUCUGAAUAUUUGUACAAUUA